AUGGCACCGGCAGGGGGCGACGCGCCAGAGGCACGCACGCAGGCGGACGACGCGCAGGAGCGCGCCAGUCAAUCGGGGGACGCCGGCAAGGCGUCUAAGCCGCAGGCAACACCGGCGGAGGCGUCUCCUUCGGGCAACGAGCGUCGGGUGCACUUCGCGGACAACGACGACGACAAGGAGGGCGACAACGGCGAGGGGCACGUCGACGCGGAUGGCGAUGAGGUCACGGAGGGCUCCACAGCGGAUACAGAGGCCAAGGAGAGUGAUGAUCGGCUGAAAGCAGGCGAUAAGGCCUUGGGUGAGCGCUCAUUCCUCGCGCCUGGGUGGCGUGAACGUCGGCUCGUUUCGAACGCUGAAUAUGCAGGUCUCUCCGCGUCCAAGCUCGUUCCUGCGUCCAGCUUCCACUUCGUUGACGAGAGUGCUCAGCGUCCAGACGCGGUUCACAAUGGAGCGCGUUUUCACGAUGGAUAUGAUGGGCUGGAGGUGCUGCAGACUCUCGAAACUCUCACCGACGAGGACUACAAAGACCACGUGCGACAAGGUCUCCCGUCGGGCAUAAGCCUCGCGUCCAUGUUGAAGUCGUUGGUCCUGCAGCGUGAGUUUGCUUCGGUGCUCAGCGUCUUUCGGGCUGAACGACUUGCUGAACGCACUUUCAACACGAUAUGGUUCCUUAAACGGCUUCUCAACAAAUUCCGGCAGCUGAAAGUGGCGAUCGAGUCAAACGGCCAGACCUCUGCACAGCACACACUGGAUCUGUUGGACGUGAAUGAAGGUCUUCGACGCGAAUGGGCUGUCAUGGAAGUGUACUGGAAGGAGGAGGUUGAACGCAUCAUUGCGUCCAAGCGGGAUGGGGAAUCUGCGUUCAAGCAGAAUUUCAUCCGUCAGCAAGAAGACCACCGGCACACACUGAAUGCGCGUGCCGACAAAAUUGCCGAACUAAAGAACCAGCUACAGACGUCUGAAGCUUUGUGUGAAGUUCUGCGUCGGGAGAUUCGCGAGAAGACAUUGGGCGCAUGGGCAUUCAGCGAUUUCUUGGGUCGAGAACCGCAAAUCACGGUAGCAGGGAACUGGAAGCGCCUUCAGGAGCUGUUCGGACAUAUUUCGGAUGGCACUACGCCUCCUUCUGGCUGGAUUACGAAAAUCCACGUGGUGGCCAUCGACCAGCCACAGUGUGUCUGUGGCGACUACGCGGCUGAACGCAGGAAAGCCAAUUGUGGCGGCUCUGCGUCCAAGCUUGUUCCCCCGCUCAAGAAAACGGUUGAUGUCACGGGAGGGAACGCGGGGUCCAGCAAAUCCAAGUCCAAGCAAUCUGCGUCCAAGGGUAGUCGCAAGAAACUGUGGGAUGAGUUCCUGAAGAAACUCCAGCUGCGUCGAAGCAACUAUCGACCCAGUUCGCAGUUGGCUCUUCCAGCGUCGUCCAAGCUCGCUCGAUCUGAGGAUGAAGCGCGAGAAGCUCUCCCGGGGCCUCAGGACGCGAAGGAACUCGUGAGAAGAGAACGCGUCGUUCACCCGUUCAUUCACCAUGAGCCCCUGGUCGAGAUGCUGGUCAGCAUUAUUCGGAACGACGGGCUGGACGCAGUUCCCUGGACGAUUUUCGUUCCAGAGAUGUACUACCUCAGCGCUGAAGUUCGGCUAGAAAGCAUGUGUGACCGGGGCGAGAAGCCCGACCGUAGUUUUCGUUGGACGAAGACGUCCAAGGUUCCUGAAACUGUGGUUCCAGUGAAGCAGUCGUCUCCUUCGGCCAAGCGCAAACUCGACAUGCUUGAAUCGGGUGCGGCCAACCAAAAAGAAGGUUCAAGGCUUCGCCGCUCGCCGCGGAAUCAAUCGAAGGCCAAACUAACCCAGUCUGGAUCUGCGGUCAAGAAAGCGCGACUUGCGGCCAAGGUCAUCGAGCAACUGACGGAAUCUCCACGUAAGGCCACUGCUUUGGCGAGAAUCCCGUUCAAGCGUCUGACAUUGGAACAGCUGAGUGUGAUUGAAACCCCCGAUCCAGCAACUACCACGUCCUACAGGUGCUCCGGGAUCAAGAUGUGCUUCUAUCAGAAGAAAAGCAAGCCUCAGACUAUCGGGUUCCCGAACUACUCGCCGCAGAAAUGUGACAGGAAGUUUCUCGAGGAACGCUGGAGCAUGGAGCUGUACGUGACGCUCUUCCCAGUGAACUCGCGGGGCAAGAUGAUCAAGAAAAAGCCCCCCUGGAACGUCAUGUUCGCUGAGCGCACAAAGAUGCUGUACUACCAUGACGCGUCCAAGCUGAGUGCUGAUAGCAUGCGCGGUCUCAAGAACCACGUCGGCUUCAUGGAGAAGUUCUGCCAAGCUUGGUGGGACCUACUGCACUGGAUCACGAUCAACCUUGAGCGCGAUGCUGCUUCUCAAAGACUCUACAAGCUUCGCCGCAGGCGCACAUACUCUUUGAUCCGCCGAUACAAAACCCAUCUCAAGAAAUUGCGCAAGAUCAAGGAUUUCCCUGAAACGCUGUUUCAAGAACACGGCGAGCCCAAGCCCCUGCGUCAGCAACUGGUCGAGCUGGACGAGCGUGAGCCUGCCCUCACUCUUUGGGCGACUGCGGCCGACGAGGUUGAACGCACCAAGUACGUUUCAGCCGCUCUGCGCGCCAACCGCUCGAUUCCACUCCUUCAGCGUGCUCGCAACUGGAUCGUCCCUGACCGCUCAGACAUUGAGCCCGAGGAGGAGGAUGACGAAGACGACGACGAGAUGAGCGAAGUCGGCGACGAGAACGAGGAAUACGAUGAAGAGGUCGAGGAGGAGGAAGUUGAGGAGGGCGACACGGCCAGAGAGCGAUUUGUGAAUCGCUGGCCGCACUUCCUCAACCCGGACCCUGGACGCGGCUUUAGCAUUACUCCAUUUGCAUGUCUUCUCAUUCCGGCACUUCUCCACCGAAGUCACAUCAACGCGUAG